GUUUUUCAAUACCAUAUUGUAUGUAAAUAUCGGUUAGAAGAUAAAGCUACGCACUAUCGUCGCGCUGUUACAAACGACAUUUAUCCACGAUGAUAUUCAGUAAAUUGUGGACGCGGUUCCUGAACGCUCGUGCGUCUCUAGUUUUCUGUUCCGUCGAUAGAUACGUGCUACGCGAGAAUGUCAGGUGUAUACACUUCAACUACUAUACGGAUAAAAACACGAAUAAGAAUGCUACCGGUAAGAUUGAAAAGAUGAAUAUGUAUCAAGCGAUAAAUCAAGGACUUCGGACAGCGUUAACGGACGAUCCCGAUGCAGUGAUAUUUGGAGAAGACGUGGCGUUUGGCGGUGUUUUUCGUUGCACGGUUGAUCUUCAAAAAGAUUUUGGUAAAGACCGCGUUUUCAACACGCCACUUUGCGAACAAGGAAUCGCUGGAUUUGGAAUUGGUUUAGCUACUGCGGGUGUAACAGCUAUUGCGGAAAUUCAAUUCGCGGAUUACAUAUUUCCUGCCUUCGAUCAGCUAGUAAACGAAGCAGCCAAGGUAAGAUACCGAAGUGGAGGACAAUUCGACUGUGGUAAAUUGACCAUUCGAACACCUUGUGGCGCUGUAGGUCAUGGUGCACUUUAUCAUUCGCAAAGCCCAGAAGCAUAUUUCGCACACACUCCAGGUUUGAAGAUCGUUAUGCCCCGCGGAGCGAGACAGGCGAAAGGUCUUUUGUUGAGCUGCAUAGAAGAGCCGGAUCCCUGCAUCAUGUUCGAGCCGAAAAUACUGUACCGCACGGCGAUCGACGAUGUGCCGACGGAUCGUUACAAGAUCGAGAUCGGCAAGGCUGAGGUUGUGAGAGAAGGUGAGGCGGUGACACUCGUGGGCUGGGGCACUCAGGUGCACGUACUGCUGGAGGUGGCCGAUCUCGUCCAGGAGAAGCUCGACGUAUCCUGCGAGGUGAUAGACCUCGUUUCUAUCCUACCUUGGGACGCGGAACUCGUUUGCAAGAGACAAGUAAAUUUCAUUUAACCCGUUAUACGAAGAGGAUUUCUUUUUAACGCGACUGGACGCUCCAAUGCGAUUUUGUGGUGUCGUUUAUCAAACACUGAAAGCGUUCUUUGUUUGAGGCAAGUUUAUAAAUGAUGACAGGUUGAAUUUCACAAUGUUAGCAUUGAUAAAACUUGAGCUGAGCUGUGAGGUAUGUUAUACAAAAUAAUAUUUAUUUUAGUAAAUUCAAGUCAACGAAAUGAACUGUGUUCUUAGUUGUUACAUUCAAAUAAUAUUACAUCUUCAAGCUUUCCUAUGCCUUCAAAUGUCUUCGCGCUUUUAUUCAGCGCUUUAUCAGCUUCUUCCUUCGUUAUGUAUAAACAUGAACAUUCUAUAUAGUAAUUUUUACGAAUAAGGAAUAUCUGAAAAGGCCACUUGAUUGAAGUACGCGCGAAGGCUCUCCAAUGACACCUUUCAUAUACCAGUCUAGAUUGGCUGGCACUGUCGUUAAACGUAGAGAUUAUUGAAGUUAAUGAAAUAAUUCAGAGGAUUUGCAAAUUAAAUUCCUUUCAGAGGAAUGUUACUUCUCGGAAAGUUUAAAUUAUCGUCAACAAGUUGAAUACUUGUUAUCAGAAGAUUGUGCUUUCAUCACUUGUAUGGAAACUAUAAUUUGUAAUUUCUAGGUGACUUUAAGGUCGGGUUCAAUCCUGUGUUGCGUGUUAGGAACGUGUACAACGUAGCAAUUGUGACAGAAGUGUCUCCAUACCUUAUAAUAAAAACUUUGUCCUCGUCAGCGUCGAAUACUUUGUUGUCAGGCUGCUCGAGAGAAUAAUACUUAGAAUUCCAGUGAUAAAUAAAUCGUUCGCUUCAAGCAACCACGUCUGAGCCACUUUUAGCGUUUGAAUUUGAUUUCCUAGAAAUCCGAAUCAAAACAUGAAACCAUUUAGUCAACUUUAGUGAACUUUCAACACGAACUAAUGCAUACAUAAACAUACUAUACAAACGUAUUCUUUCAUUCGGAUCUACUCCUAUACAAACUUUAACUCUUGUCGUCAUGCAACAAUUCGCAAAUUGAUAAAAAAUGCAACAUUCACUCGUCCGAAUUACGAUAGCCACGGAUUGCCGCGGCCACUAAUAUCGCGUUGAUUUAUGCUAAUCGAUCUUUAGCCGCGUAAUGAUAUGCCGAUUGUACGGUAUGCGCUCACACGUCGCUGUACGCGUCCGCACAUGAACCAAAGAAGUGGUGAGCGUAAUCGAAAACCCGUUUCGCGUAAUUUCGAUACGCUCGCGGAUUCGUCGAACCGAUGAUGUUCUUUGAACGUCACCGCUCUUGCGGCAAAAUCGCCAUCCGAGUGGAAAGUCCCCCGCGAUUUCUGCGAAACGGAGAUCCUGAAAGGUGUCGAAUUAUGAAAUAUCCUGAUCUUGAAAUACGAUAAUCGUGGAAAUGUCGUUGACUAGCCGCGACAGAUUAGGUUCUCAAUCAGUUUAUAACUUGAAUUACAGAUAUAGGCACUAGAGGCAAAUGGAGAAGUAGACUACAGUCUGACUUGAGUCCUCUUCAUUAAUCAAUAUAAGUUUGCUAGUUGAAUUGUAAUCGUAUCCAACGUUUCCAUUCUUAUUUGACUAAUUUUAAAGGAGUACAAAAAUGUUAUUAAUUGAUUUCAACGUAAAUCUAAACGCAGCCAAGUCAGGAAACUGUAAAUAUUAAUCACGCUUGUGCGCCAUAAACAUUUUCGCAUCGCUACAAUCGGCAGAAUGCGGUUUUUCGAAGAAAUCGUUUGUGCGUCUGUCGCUGGUUUUUCCUCGAAUUUUCUUUUGCCAUCAGUCGCCUUUUUACAGCGUAAAGCAUUCGUAAUCAGUGAAUCUUUAUUAUAGUUUUCGAAAAUGAAAUGUUACCGUCAUUUAAUCGUCAAUCGUGUCGAAGGUGUUGCAGAAAUGCUAAAGUUGCAAUUUGAUGUGCAUGGCAUGCUAGGUAUUUCUAGAUAAACCGAACAAUCAAAUGGGACACGUUUCAAAAGAAGCUUUCAAUAUCCUCUAUUGCACGUAGUAUGCUAUGUCAUAGGUAGAAAGAUAUGCAAAUUUUGUCUUACGUUCAUUCGAUUUUUUUUAAAUUACUAAGUUGAAGAUGUAAGCGAUAUCUAUUUAUAAUCUGAAAUUUAUUUCUAUAUUUAUCUAAAUAGUAUGUAUCUACAAAUAUACAAUAUAAAAUAGGCAGCAUCGCGUAACAGUUGAGAGCAUAUGUUUUCUUAGCAACUAUCUUGAGCAGAUGUAGUAAUUGUAAUCCAUCCAUUCGACGCUGGCGACGUUAGUAGUAGAGAGACCUUCUCCUUGGUCCAAUGUACCACGAGUAAGUAGAAUGCAAACAGUGUCUAACUGACUAAACAGUAUGUCCAAAUACUAAAAGAAAAUUUGAGUUAAUAUGUAUACAAGUAUAAAGUCCGUCUUUCUUUCACCUAUAUCCAUUUAUGGCAUUGUAUUCCACAUAAUUAUUGAUUUAUAUCGUGCAAAUAACGCAUCAAAAAUUGUUUAUCUUUCAUUCGUUGCUCGAAAUUUGUAUAUAGAUAAGAAUUUCCACCAUCAUCGUUCAUCGAUGCUAUCUUGUGAAGCAGUUGAACAAACAUAUCAUCGCUUCUUCGUAAUAAUACUAACUUUGACAAACAACUUAAUAUCCACGGAGUUAUGGAAGCACUCAUGUUUACGAUUAGGUCGUAAAACAGCAAUUUUCCGAACCUUGUCGUUUCACCUUGCCUCCUCUAUAAUGUGUCAUGUCUUCGAGAACUCGUAUUCUGUUUCGCCAGGGCGAAUAGAGUCGUUAAAUAAAUAAAAAAAGUUACUUGGAAAGGUCUUAUUGCAAAUUAUUAAACCGUGUACGUUUCGGUCCCGUGACCGACUAUGUUAAAAAAAAAAAAUGAAAUAAAAGGAACCGGUACACGCCGUGAAGUAAGAGGCAGUGUUUCUCAAACUUGACUUUUCCGUGAGGUUCUUGACACAGGACAAUCUUUGGCAGAUUUCCUAGAGUGAAUUUAACUCUAAUUUUUUUACUUAAUACAGCCGUGGCCUCUUAAUAGAUAAACACUAUAUAUGGAACCUCGAUGCUAUUGAGUUUUUCAAUAUUACAUUGACUCCGUUUCACUUUAUAUUUUAGAAAAUUUUGAACGACUUCAAUUAAUCCAUAAUUCUUCUGAAGGCUUCCAGAGAUCUACGUGUUCGUGACCGACGCGGCCAGUUUGAGAGCCGCUGGUGCAAGAGAUUUAAGAAGGGCGAAUCCCGGCGGGGGACCGUAACGUCUGAAAGUUGCAGGGAAGGUCAGCUGAAAUCUGAAAUGUCACAGAAACCUGUACGCGGCGCACAGUCAUGCGUACUAUCGAGUCGCUGUUCCUAAUGAUUUACAACGGGACACACACACGCAGGCGCGCCUACGUGUCUUAAUUACAGGCCACCGAUCGCUCGUUUUCUAUCGUCGAUCGCGGCUGAGGUGGACGGGAUAGUCGCGGCGGAACGAUCCGUUCGCUAUAUUAAUGCAUCACUUACCGUCUUGGCCGCGUAUAAAUUAUUAUUAUGCCCGUUCGUAUGGGACGGGGCAUAAAUCAUUCACGAAUUGAUCCGUGGCACGGUCCGCUCGUUCGACGAAUUACCCUUCAUGACAUGUGUUAGGACAUACAGCUUUAUGCGCUGCGCGUACGAUCCUUGCUGAGCUCCACAUUGGAGUUGAUACGUAUGAGUAAGGGACCAUGAAGUUUUCAGUUCUUAUCUGUUGGCAGAUAUUUUCGCUCAACAAGUGUUUUUAUUACGGCGGUAACAAGAACUUUUUCUUAGCGACGUUUCCUCUACGAAACAAGGACAUUUUGAUAUCCAUCUCGGUCAGUCGUCAGGUGGAAUAGUCGUUAAAAUGCUCGAUACCAAAUCGAUUUGGAGGUGACUGAACCAGGGCGGAGCCCUGCUUUGCACAAUGAUCAUACUGUUUAACUUCGACCAUUGGGAAAUUGAAUUUUCUUUGUCUGUGUUAAUUAUCUUGACGUGUUAUUUAAGUUUACCCUUUACCGCUGGAUAUGUAUAUAUG